AUGCGCUCUUUUCUUGGAAGAGGAAAGACACUUCAAGCAGGCCUGACAGUAUGCUGCUUGAUUGCCUUUGUUCUCUUCGGCUAUGAUCAAGGUGUUUUUGGCGGCAUUCUCGAGAAUGAAGACUGGUUGAAGCAGUUUAAUCAUCCAUCUGAUUCCGAGACGGGCAUCAUCGUCAGCUGCUAUAACCUAGGUUGUUUCGCUGGCUGUAUUCUGAACUAUAUGAUCGGUGAAAGGCUUGGACGCCGUCGAACCAUAUGGCUCGCCAUGGCCUUUGUGUUGGUUGGGGCCAUAUUGCAGACGACAGCCUUCACGGUGCCACAUCUCAUUGUCGGUCGUUUAGUUACCGGCUGCGGUACCGGCAUUAAGACAUCAACGGUGCCUAUGUACCAGGCAGAGCUUUGUGAUCAACAUAAACGUGGCCGUCUAGUCUCGGCGGAGGUUCUUUUCGUUGGUGUCGGCAUAGUGGUUGCCUAUUGGUUUGAUUUUGGCAUGUCCUUUGUCGGAGGCUCAAUUGCAUGGCGUCUACCAAUUGCAGUUCAGAUGAUCUUUGCAAUUGUUGUCGUUGCCCUUGUGCUAGGGCUCCCCGAGUCGCCUCGCUGGCUCUAUAAACAUGGCAAAUCUGCCGAGGCGUUGGACGUCCUUUGCAGGGUAUACGACCGCGAGCCCACGGACGAAUACAUUAUUGCCGAGCGUGAUGCUAUAUUGGGUGCCAUUGAACUAGAGUCGCGUGAAAAUACGUCACGCGGUCUUCUGAGCAUUUUCCGCAACGACAGGGUGAAAACCCGACAGCGUGUGAUUCUUGCUUGGCUGGUGCAGUUCAUGAACCAAGCAGGAGGUAUCAACCUUGUUGUCUACUACGCGCCAUCUGUCCUCGUCCAGAAUGUUGGCCUCUCGCCAAAGCUUGCCCAAAUUCUUGGUGGCUGUAUUAACAUGAUGUUCAUGUUCGGAUCGAUCAUUCCCUCUUUCUAUCUUGACCGUAUGGGCCGGAGAAAGACAAUGAUGGCUGGUUGUGCAGGCCUGAGUUUGUGCAUGCUGAUGAUCUCCGCUCUGUUGUCACGAGGCGAUAUGCCUAACGGACACACCUACUCAUCUGGCGCCGUGGCAUUUUUCUUCUUGUACAUGCUUAUCUUUGGAAUGAGCGUGAACUGUGUGCCAUGGGUUUAUGUGCCGGAAAUUUUGCCCCUGGACGCCCGCACUCGUGGUACUGCAGUCGGCAUCAGUUCAAACUGGCUGUGGAAUUUCACUGUCGUCAUGAUCACACCGGUGAUUAUCCGCCGGCUACAUUGGAAGGCAUACCUUAUCUUCAUGGUGACAAAUGCGCUCUUUGUGCCGGCAUUUUACUUCUUCUUCCCAGAAACGAGUAAUUUGCGGCUGGAAGAUAUCGACUACGUUUUCUCCCGUAGUGGGAACCCCGUGAAGAACGCUCAACAGGUUGCCGCUGAACUGAAACAACAUGGGCAUGUUGUUGACCUUGAUGGCAACGGGAACGAGAUGAGUUCUUCCCAUAGUCACUCUGAGGAGAAAGCGAUUCGUGAAGUUAGAAAGGAGGACGUGCAAGUUUAA